UGGAGACGCACCAGUGUCUCAUUCCUGGAGGAGGGGUCCGGGCAGUGUAUUACAUAUCACAGAAGAUAUGUGAUGCAUCGCUAUUUAACAGAAAAGAGAACUAAAAGAAAGGUGUUGGCGCACAUCAGUGGGGUCACAUCAAGCAAACCUGGAGCAUCCCUGGUCUACCCCAUGCCCUCCCGGAAUGUGUCACUGCGGCUGCAGGGCCUCCAGGAGAAAGACUCCGGACCCUACCUCUGUUCCGUGAACUUGCAAGACAGUCAAGGCACUGUUCGAGGUCACAGCAGCAAGACUUUAGAACUCAAUGUGCUGGUUCCUCCAGCUCCUCUGUCCUGCCGCCUCCGGGGCGUGCCCCACGUGGGGACCAACGUGACCCUGCGCUGCCAGUCCCCAAGGAGUAAGCCCGCUGCCCAAUACCAGUGGGUGCGCUCGCCCCCAUCCUCCCAGGUCUUCUUUGCACCUGUUUUAGGAAAAGUUCCUCUUCCUAUGAUGGUGGACCAUAUCUCUUGACUUCUAUCGAGGUUCCUCCUACUCAGGGGAAAGAGACAGGGAGGGCAAGAAGAAGAAACUU